AGAAGAGCCCGGAAGAGAGCAGAAGGCACAGCCAGUUCCAAUGUCUUCUCCAUGUUCGACCAGUCCCAGAUUCAGGAGUUUAAAGAGGUUGGCUGUCCUUGAACUUGUGUCCUCUCCUCUCUAGGUCGCAUAAAUGUCAAGAAUGAGGAGCUGGAAGCCAUGGUGAAGGAAGCUCCAGGGCCCAUCAACUUCACAGUCUUCCUGACCAUGUUUGGGGAGAAACUCAAGGGCACGGACCCGGAAGAGACCAUACUGCAUGCCUUCAAAGUGUUUGACACGGAAGGAAAAGGCUUUGUCAAGGCUGACUUCAUUAAGGAAAAGCUCAUGACCCAGGCUGACCGCUUCAGUGAGGAGGAGGUCAAGCAGAUGUUUGCAGCGUUCCCACCUGAUGUCUGUGGCAACUUAGACUACAGGAAUCUGUGCUAUGUCAUCACACAUGGCGAGGAGAAGGACUAG